ACGCCGUAUCUGGAGCGCGUGUGCGCUGGCGUUGUGUGCAAGACUGUGGUCCGGGGCGCGGUUGUGUAUGACGCGGAGAGAGAAGAGGCUGGCAAGGACUGGGAGGGUGCCUUCUCGCGCUUACCGCUUGGCCAAUGGAUCGAGUCGCCCGUGACCCCGAGAACAUGAUGACACAAAAGGAGAGCCACUUUUCUCUCUUUACCUCUUUUCUCUCUUUUAUUAAAUCAACACACAUUCCAACACACACACCUCUCUAAAUUAAUUUAACUUUUAUUUCAAGAUGGUUCUCAAUGAGCUUGGCGCCCGCAUCAACGGCGCACUCCAGGCGCUCUCCAAGGAAUCAGUCAUCGACAGCAAGGCAGUCGAUGCGCUCCUGCGCGAAAUCUGCGGGGCCCUCCUCGAAUCCGACGUCAAUGUCCGGCUGGUCCACCAGCUCCGCGAAAACGUCAAAAAGCAGAUAAACAUGGACGACCUAGCAACCAGCAGCAACAAGCGCAAGGUGAUCCAGACCUCCGUCUACGACGAGCUCUGCCGGCUGGUCGACCCCGGGGUACAACCAUGGGCGCCGCGCAAGGGCAAGCAAAACGUCAUAAUGUUCGUUGGCCUGCAGGGAAGCGGAAAAACAACCUCGUGUACAAAACUCGCCCUGUACUAUAAGCGCAAGGGAAUGAAGGUCGGCCUAGUGUGUGCGGAUACGUUUCGUGCUGGAGCCUUUGACCAACUGAAGCAGAAUGCGUCGAGGGCGCAUAUACCGUUUUACGGCAGCUAUAGUGAGGCGGAUCCGGUGCAGAUUGCCUUGGAGGGCGUGGGCAAGUUCCGCAAGGACCGCUUUGAUCUGAUUAUUGUCGAUACCAGUGGAAGGCAUAAGCAGGAGACCGAGUUGUUUUUGGAGAUGGAGCAGAUUGCUGCCGCCGUCAAGCCUGACAAUACGGUUUUCGUCAUGGACGGGACUAUCGGCCAGGCAGCGGAUGCCCAGGCGCGGGCGUUCAAGGAGUCGGUGGAUAUCGGGUCGAUUAUCAUUACCAAGAUGGACGGCCACGCGAAGGGCGGAGGCGCCAUUAGCGCGGUGGCGGCGACUGGCAGCCCGAUUAUCUUUAUCGGAACUGGCGAGCACAUGCAUGACCUGGACCGAUUCUCUGCGCGGCCAUUUAUCAGCAAGAUGCUCGGCAUGGGCGACCUCACCGGGCUAGUAGAGACCGUUCAGGACAUGCAGCUGGACAAGAACACCGACAUGAUGAAGAACAUCGCCAAGGGAGUGUUCACGCUAAAGGACAUGCGGGACCAGCUGCAGAACAUCCUAAAGAUGGGACCCUUGGGCAAAAUCAUGGGUAUGAUGCCCGGGAUGUCUCCCGAGAUGAUGCAGGGCUUUGAUUCGGACGAGAGCUCCAAGAAGCUGCGCAGCUACAUGUGCGUCUUCGACAGCAUGACGGAAAAGGAGCUGGCGAGUGACGGGAAGAUUUUCGAAGACGAGGCGCGGCUGAUGCGCGUGGCGCGUGGGUCGGGUGUUAGGGUAGUGGAGAUUCAGGCGCUUUUGCACCAGCAUCGCCAGUUUGGCCAGAUUGUCAAGAAGAUGGGCGGGCCGAAUGGGAUGCUGGGAAAGAUGAACCCGCAGGCGAUGCAGCAGAUGGCGAAGAACCCCGGGGCGGCUAUGAACCCGAAUAUGCUGAAGCAGAUGGGUGGCAUGAGCGGUGUGCAGAAGAUGGUUCAGCAGAUGGGCGGGAUGGGCGGCAUGCAGAACAUGAUGAAGCAGAUGAUGGGCGGCGGCAGCGGUGGUGCUGGCGGCGGCAUGGGCGGAAUGCAGGAUAUGAUGGCCCAGAUGAUGGGCGGCAUGGGUGGCGGCGGAGGCGGCGGCAUGGGCGGCAUGCAGGAGAUGAUGGCCAAGAUGAUGGGUGGCAUGGGCGGUGGUCGCUGAAAAGCUUGAUGCACUCUUGAAUUGACUCCACCCUUGAUUUGAUCACUUUUUAUUAUCACAUUGUGAUCAAUUCGAGUUUUUUUUUCUUUUUUCGCUCAUACAAACAUCAAUGCUGGGCUAUUUUUCCUCUAAAUUUUUUUGGGA